AUGGAGCCCAACGGCGACACAGCUGGCGCAGCAUCGCCGUUCGCAGACGUCCGCCUCGCGGUCGACGCAUACACGCUCGACUCGGCCGCCGGCAAGCGGCGGUUGAGGCAGAUCGAGCACGACGGGACGUUGACAUAUGACGAAGUCAAACCGCCCCGCACCAAGCGCACCGAGCACCUCGAGCGGAUAUGGAACGAGUACCCCUCUGGCCUGCUGGACCUGACUGUCGAUGGGCUGCGCGCGGCCGACCCGAGCACGACGUACGGCGAGGAGGAGGCCGAGAAGGAGGACGGGGCCGAGGUGGUCGCGCGCGAGGGCGGCAAGCUCAUGAGCGUCGAGGACAUGGAGGCGCUGCGUACGGAAGUGUUCUCGAACCUCAAUGACGCCCGCAACGAGCUCUGGUUCAUCCUCGAGCUGGCCAAGACGCUCGCCGCGUCGGCCGACAUCCCGUCCAACCCUCCGCCCGAGCCGAUCCCCGCUGCCCCAACACCAAAGAAGGCAAAGGGCAAGGGCCUGUCGCUCGUGCCGUCCGUCGCGUCGAGCGUGCCCCCGCCCGCGACGAGCGCGGAGGGCGAGCCGCCCGUCCUCCCAGCAGGCACGUACACUGCCACGCCGAGCGCUGCGCCGGUGCGCUCGGCCGCGGCGCGCGCGCACGCGCUCGAACUCGCGCUGGCCGCGAAACAGCGUGCGCUGGACGACUGCGGCGCGCUGAUCGACGCCGCGGUCGACGAGCUGCGCGUCAUGGCCGACGCGAGCGCGCGGUUCACUUCCGACGUGGUGCGCCUCAAGUCUGGCGCCGACGGCGGGCAGUGGGCCGUCGUCCCGCGGCCCAACUUUGGCGGCCGGGCCACCGCCGACGAGAUGGCAAAGGACGUCGUCGUGCCGUACGCGCUCGACGAGGCGCAGCCCGCGCUGCGCGCGCGCUCGCUCGCAGCGUUCGACCUCGACCCCCGCAAGGUCGACUCGCUGAGCUUCGGCGCCAGGUCGUACCUCCGCCUCCGGGUGCUCGUGCGCUCGCCCGCCAACGGCCCGCAGACGACGUCGCGGCCCUACGCGGCCACGGCGGAGGACACGACCGACGUGUGUGCUGCUAUCCAGGCGGCGCAGACUGAGACGGUGGAUGAGGACCUGUUCAACGAGAUCCGCAACGAGGUGUCCCGCCUCGACGGGGCGACGAUCGAGCCGCAGAAUAUCUCGCUUCGGGUCGGCAAGGAGGAGCUCACGUUCCAGCUGUACGACACGCGCGAGACGCCCGCCCCGCUGCCCGAGUCACCCAUGUGCGACAUUCUGCUCGGCGCAGCGCGCAUGGGGCUCAUGCACACGUACCGCCGGCGCAAGCAGCGCCUGAUUGACCCGCUGCCCGUCGCGCCGCCGUCGUCGUCGUCGGCGUCGACGUCGGGCUCGUCGAGCAACUCGCCGCCGAGCAGCAUUCUCCUCCCGAUCGUCCACGUGCUGCAGUACAACGCGGUGUGCCGUGCGGUGCGGCCCGCACUCGACGCGUUCCACAACACGCUGUCGGCCGCCGGGCUGACAAGCACCCUCGUGGAGCGGAGCAGCUCGACCGACAGCGCGGACGGCGUGUUAGGCCUGCUGAGCGCCAAGGCCAAGGUCGACGUGCUCGGCACAGUGUUCACGCUCGAGGUGGUCGGAUGCCAGGGCGUUACAGUCAACAUUACUGCCCCGGCGCAGAUCCACCUCGCGACCCCGCGCGCGACCUUUGCCCUCCGCGACGUCGAGCACCUGGGCCGCAUCGUCUCGGACACGAUGGUCGCGCAGCUGCAGGAGUUUGCGUUCGCGAGCAUGCGGGACACGGCGACAGCGGCGACGGGCGACGAGGACAGCAGGGUGUGGUAUGACGAGCUGGACGGGUCGGUCGUCGCCGGCGCGUUGGGGCCGUUGAGCAUUUCAUUCUCGAGCGCCGCCCUCCGCGCGUGGGUCGACGCCGAGGACGCGCCCGCGCCAUACGACUCUGCCGAGGCCGCUCAGCCGUUCACCGAGUGGCUGGCCGACCUGGCCCGCGCGAUCCCUCAUGAGGCGGCGGAGUAGUAGCGGUGCGCUGUGGCGUUCGCUGAUCACCGACCAACCGCUCCGCACGGCCGGCCGGCCGGCGCUUACUGCGACGUGACUCGUGCUCCAUCUUUUCCGUAUGGCAUACCCAUG